UCCAGGUGAACUAUAGCACAUGGUCUCCCUGGGCCACUACAUCUUACGGUGCAGUAACUGCGGAGGCUUCGGCUGCUAAGUACAUUAUCAGGUCUGCAUGGAAGGAACAUCACAGCCACAGAGUUUUGUAGCCGUUGACAAAAGCUACAGGAGGAAAAACAUGCUGGACCUGAACGGAGUUUCUCACAGCAAUGCUUCAUCUAGGAGGAUGAUGAAAGACCAGCUCUAAUUUGGCCCAACGUGAUGUUUCAGAGCCCUCUGGUGUUUUCUUCAUUAUAGUUUUUACAGAAUGGCUUUUGUGUGAGUCAUGGAGUUGUCCCUCAGGUUAUAGGUAGAUAACAGUAUGUUGCUCUGCUUCGGGAGUCGUAGACGAAAUCGACACCACCAAACCCAGUGGAGUGAAAGGGACUGCCUGCUGGACGAUGAGCCGCACAUCAUUCCAAACCCCUACUACCUGGACGGAGGUAAUGGUUGUGCUUUGCUCUCAGCCUGCAUUUCCAUUUACUUUUUGUGCAGAUUCUGUUAGUGUUACUCAAUACUCACAGAUAAGAAUCAUCCAGGUAGUACGUGCGUCAGUGUGUUUACAGCGCGUGAUGAAAAAUAAAGCCAUCGUUCCCCUGAAGCCUGACAUGCAUGUCGUGGUGAUGUUAUCGUGCUAAUGACACUUAUCCUGCUGAUAAGAACACAAAAGCUGCAGCAGAACGAAAGGAUGACGACUUUUAGAUGUUUUUUCCCGUGCAAUGAUCAGGGUGUGAGUCAUUGAAGGGUCUUUUGGGGGUGUUGUUUUUUUUUUCUGCUCUCAUGAAAUAUGAUUUUUCAUUUCUAAUACAACCCUGGGAUAUCACUGUUGGCAGAAGAGUCUUUGUCGUUGUGAUGGAUUUUUCACAUAACAAUAGACUUUUCAAUUCUUGCCAUUUCUUCUGCCAGGAUGUUAGAUAAGCUUUGACACAAUAAUCAAAAAGGUUUGUGACUGAGUCAGAUUUUUAAAACAUUGAAAUUUAAAUUAAUCUUCAUCUUCUUGUUCUUUGCCUUCUUCUUCUUCUUCUUCUUCUUCUUCUUCUUCUGGGGUCACUUCAGUGGAUCAUCUCCAUCUCACCCUAUCCCCUUCCUCUUUUACUUUUGCGUCAUCAUAUUCAUUAAUCUUCUCUGAGGUCUUCCAUCGUCAACAUCUUUAGUCCAAUAUAUGCAGUAUUUCUCUGCCUCUCCAACACAUUUUUUUCUUCAAUACAUUAUUUAUUAUACCUGCACAGGUCCUGUCUGCCAACUGUUGCCGUAUUUCCAUAUUGUUUCCAAAGGAAUUCCAAAUCUGUGAGCAUAUGUUUUUUGGCCACAGGGCGGCAAUGUUUCAGUCCUAACUGCACAAAACUAAGUGUACUGCAGAGAGAGGGUUAGUAAAAUCUGGCUUCACUUAUUUGGAGCCUGUCAUGGAAUGUGACCAAAUUUGUCCUCCUACUUUUCCCUAAUCUACUGUAGACCAACAGGACAGACACAGAUCAGCUCGGCUUCACAUGGGUUUGAACAUUAAUGUUGAGUUUUCAGUUCUUUCUUCCCUGCAGUAACUCCUACUACUUGGUCAAAUGAUUAAUAACCAUACACAUAAUCAUCACGUAGUGCUUUUAAACAUCCCCCACAGUGUGUGGGCUGUUUGGUGGGAGCCACACACAGUGUGAUGUGUAGUAUCUUUGUUGAUACGCUGAUGUUAUGUUUGUGUCUCUCUGUUUGAGAUGAUCUAAUGAGAGGAUUUAAAAAAACAAAAACAAAAAAAUUCUCUGCCGAUGACAUUUGACCACAUCACUUUUUCACCACCUGAAAAACUGAACAGCGUUUGUGAUACUGAAGUAUUCAAUACUCGGUAUUUGGUCUGUGAUAUUCGUCCAUUGAUUGUGCAUACUAUAAUUAGUGUGUUUUGCCACACAAUGGGUCCGAGUGUCCAUUCAUGGUUGUUUUUGUUGUGGGUUGUAUUCUUUGUUGAUUACAGCAUCCUGUCAUCUGUCCUCUCUUCACCUCCGGCUCAGUCUUCCCAUGACUCCGGGGCCUGUUCUCAGUUCAGGAGGGUGUGUUUAAAGCCAUGUGGGAUCCACUCCUUGUUUUCCAUGUUUCCAGGGGGUUGGAAGCUAAAAGUUCAAACAGACACACACACACACACACACUCCCUCAUACUCUGUAAGGAAAGAGCUCAGAGAUUAAGGGGUUUGUCUGCUCGGCCAACAACGAGGAUUGCUCACAGUCUGGAACUUGCCAAAAAGGAAGGAUGAUUCAGUAUUUAUUUUUAAGUUGCAACUUUUAAAGCCAUCAAAAGAUUGUCUUUGUUGUAAAACAUUCUGUGGACAACCUGUUUUUUCCUUUGUCCGUCUGUCGGUGCAGAACAGAUUUAGGACACAUUGUGGAGGAGAGCAGCUGUGUGAGUCUGCUGAGUACAGGAGCCAGAGGAUACAGGUGCCACUGAGGCUCUGCCUUCUUUGAAGUUUUUUUUUUUUACCCAUGUCAAAGGUGAAGGAUUAUGCCUGGCACUGGAAUUUAGUUCUUAGAUGGACAACUGAACUCUAAAUCCCUGGUAGAAUGUGAACUUCCAUCUUGGCUAUGUGCUUGUGUGGACUAAGAGACGCAUGUGUACAUUUAUUAGAGUGAAGUGCAAUGCUGUUCUUAAGCAGUGGCCUGGCGGAUGUGACCCUGAGAAAUACAGUUAUUGACCCGCUGCCGCAGCAGGGGAAGACGAUCUACGACAUCUCUGCAGUCCUAAAUGAAACAGUGGGAGAUGUGCCUGUGUCAAUGCUGGGUAUGGGCCCUAUCACCAACACCCUGCUGGAAAACUGCCAUCCAGGAGCAAAGAUAAUGAGUUUAAUGCCAAUGGAGAGCAGCCCCAGGCUGGGCAGGGCACAGCGGGAAUUGAACUUGCCCUCACUGAGCUCUACAGGUAGAUGUGGGAGGCAGAGACAGGACAUUGUUGUGGAAGAAAAUGAGGAGGAGUUGGAAGAGGUGGAGGAAAAAAUGAAGAUGGACAGGUUUGCAAAGCAACGUUCCAAAAGCUCAGACGGCAGAGUUGUGGCAAAGAUAACUGCUCUGGAAGAACCUCAAAAGCACCACGUUCACGCCUCGACAUCACACUCUGUCACUGUCCACGUCAGAGGCCUUGCCUUUGGGGAUCAUGGCAGAGUCACAGGACAUAACUCUCUGCCUCGGGCCGUGUUGCGGCGGCCACGGCAAGAUGAACAUUUUCUCGGGAGGAGACCGGUGAGCAUGUGCGGUGAGCCGAUCAACGGGCAAAGAGAUUCUCUACCUGAGAAAGGGAGAUUUCUGCGGAGGCCCCGAAGUAUUUCCAUGCUGGCGGGUCCAGACGCUGCCCUGGUGACAGCCCAGAUCCAGAUACCUCCUGGAAGGACAGGUAUUUUGGAAAACAAUCAGUACAGGAACAGGAAGGCAGAGCUCAGAGCAGUGGAUGGGCUCUCGUCUGCUGUGGCACAAUGGCCUUCAGCCACUGUUGAGGUGACCCCUAGGGUCCGCCAGAGGAACUGGAAGCCUAGGCCUGUCAGCAUGACAGUACUGGAGCUGAGAAAAAUCAGCUCUGAUGAUGAGAUAGAAAGCCAGAGGAACUGCAGCCACAAAAGCAGUGACAGUGGUUUUCUCAAGGGGGGGUUUCGAUGGAGACUGUUUGGCAAAUUGACUCAAGAUAAGAGCAAUGAGAAGGACAUUGACAAAGAAACUCAGUCUUCUUCCAAACUCAGCAGAACUGAUUCGCCCAAAAGCACACUAAGCAGUUUACGGCGGAGCCUCAGUCUGCGCAUCAGGAGAAAUCGACCUCGGGACAAAAGUACUAUAGGGUCUGAGGGCGAGUCAAAACACUGGCCCAGAGAUAAGCACUCGGUCGAAGAGACAGCACCGUCUCCACAACCUUUCUCAUACCUUACAGGCAGAACACUUUCAACUGCUAAUGAGCAACGUGAAGAUGGAGCUGUGCAGUACUUUCAAUACCAGAGUAAAGGGAAGGUCAAGGUUAUGGCAGUACCCCUGUAUCCAACAAAACUGUCCUCCAAACCCGUUCAGGAAGAACCAAGCUUUUGGCAGCUGAUCGCGAACCGUUUCAGACGAAAAGAUCAGCCAAACACUGGCAAAAGUGGAAUCCAGCAGCCCCAGAGCAAAAACUCCGGCCAGUGUCCCCUGGCUCCAAAUGAUAAGUCACAGGCCGUUGCCAUAGAGACGGUUGGCAUGGACUCCUAUAAAGGUCAAGAUUCUUUCGUCAACAGUCAGGAAUGGACAUUGAGUCGGUCCGUGCCAGAGCUAAAAGUGGGCAUUGUGGGAAAUCUGUCCAGUGGGAAGUCUGCCUUGGUGCACCGGUACUUGACAGGCACAUAUGUGCAGGAGGAGUCUCCUGAAGGCGGACGCUUCAAGAAAGAAAUUGUUGUGGACGGACAGAGCUACCUUCUCUUGAUCCGAGACGAAGGAGGUCCUCCAGAAUUGCAGUUUGCCGCCUGGGUGGACGCGGUGGUCUUCGUCUUCAGCCUGGAGGAUGAGAUCAGCUUCCAGACGGUCUACAAUUACUUUCUGCGUCUCAACAGCUACAGGAACACAGCUGAGGUCCCCAUGGUCCUGGUCGGAACACAAGAUGCGAUCAGUGCUGCCAACCCCAGAGUGAUCGAUGACUCAAGGGCCAGAAAGUUGUCAAAUGACCUGAAGCGCUGCACGUACUACGAGACCUGCUCCACCUACGGCCUGAACGUGGAGAGAGUCUUCCAGGACGUUGCACAGAAAGUCGUGGCUAUGAGGAAAAAGCAGCAGCUCUCCAUUGGUCCGUGCAAAUCCCUCCCUAACUCCCCCAGCCAUUCAUCCGUCCCUGCUGCGUCUAUCCCCUCUGUCCACAUCAACCAGGCCGCCAAUGGUGGGGGUGCGUUCAGCGACUACUCCUCCUCUGUUCCCUCCACCCCCAGCAUAAGUCAGCGGGAGAUGCGCAUUGAGACCAUAGCUGCCUCCAACACGCCCACGCCCAUCCGCAAGCAGUCCAAGCGCCGUUCCAACAUUUUCACAUCUCGGAAAGCCAGUGAACAGGCAAAGAGCGUUGACAGUAAAACAGACAGCAUAGGCAGUGGAAGGGCCAUACCUAUCAAACAGGGAAUCCUUCUGAAGCGAAGUGGCAAAUCCCUCAACAAGGAGUGGAAAAAGAAAUAUGUCACACUGUGUGAUAAUGGCGUCCUCACUUACCACCCCAGUUUACAUGACUACAUGCAGAACGUACAUGGCAAAGAGAUUGACCUGCUGAGGACCACAGUGAAGGUUCCAGGGAAGCGACCGCCGAGAGCUGUGGCCACAGUUGCCCCCACUGCGAGCCCCAAAACCAAUGGGCUAACCAAGGACCGCAGCAACCUGCAGCUGGGCAUAGGAAACACAGGUGCUCCUCACUCCAACAGCAGCACGUCCCUGCAGACGGGCGGGUCGGUGUUUGGCGGCAGUAAAGAUGGAAUGCAUCAACGCUCCUUUUCCGUGUCCAGUGCCGACCAGUGGAAUGAAGCCAUCAACACCAGUACGAGCAGCGGAGCCCCCAAUGGAAUGAGUGAUCCGGCAAGUUCCAGUGUGGGCAGUGCAACCAGUCCUAAACUCGAGCCGCCUCCUUCGCCUCAUGCCAACCGCAAAAAACACAGACGGAAAAAGAGCACAGGCAUCACAAAGCCAGAUGGCCUAUCUGCAGGCAAUGAAGAACAAGAGGACUCCUUUGAGUUCAUCAUUGUCUCUUUGACCAGUCAGACCUGGAACUUUGAAGCUUCCACAUAUGAGGAGAGGGAACUCUGGGUCCAAGCCAUCGAGAGCCAGAUCUUUGCCAGCCUGCAGUCCUGUGAGAGCAUCAAAAACAAGUCUCGGUUAGGGAGCCAGAGUGAUGCAAUGGCCAUUCAGUCCAUACGAAACGUGAGAGGAAACAGCUUCUGUGUGGACUGUGAUGCACCCAACCCAGACUGGGCCAGUUUGAACCUGGGUGCCUUGAUGUGCAUCGAAUGCUCAGGCAUCCACAGAAACCUAGGAACCCAUCUGUCCCGUGUGCGCUCCCUGGACCUGGACGACUGGCCAGUGGAGCUCAGCAUGGUGAUGACCGCCAUAGGAAAUGCAAUGGCCAACAGCGUGUGGGAGGGAGCAUUGGAAAACUACACCAAGCCAGGCAGCGACAGCACCAGGGAGGAGAAGGAGCGCUGGAUUCGAGCCAAGUACGAGCAAAAGCUGUUCCUGGUGGGGCUGCCCCAGUCCGACGUGCCUCUGGGUCAGCAGCUGCUGAGGGCGGUGGUGGAGGACGACCUGAGGUUGGUGGUGGUGCUGUUGGCCCAUGGCACCAAGGAGGAGGUUAAUGAGACUUAUGGAGAUGGAGAUGGUCGCACUGCUCUGCAUCUGUCCUGCGCCAUGGCCAAUGUGGUCAUCACACAGCUGCUGAUCUGGUAUGGUGUGGAUGUGAAGAGUCGUGACGCCCGUGGUCAGACGCCUCUGUCUUACGCCCGGCGGGCGGGCAGCCAGGAGUGUGCAGACAUCUUACUUCAGCACGGUUGCCCCAACGACACCAGCGCCCUGACCUCGGUGCCCACGCCCAACAUGAGCCGUCGCAACCCCAACCCCAACCCCAACAUCAACAACAACAACGCCCAGUGUGAGCUCAACCGCAGUAUCAGCAUAAUGUAGGCGCCAGAGGGCAGAGGCAGACAGACAUUAGAGAAAAGAACCUGCACCACCCUGGUCUCAUCCCUGUACUUUGUCCCGUUUCACACUGUGUAAUCCAGAAGAGGCAGCAAUGGAGAAAUAUCAGGAUGGACUCGUUGUAAAUGUUCCACUAUGCUGAGUUCAAAGUGGGUUUUAAGGUUAGGACAUUGUUUUGUAAUGUGUUUUUCUUUUUUUUCUUUUUUUCAUUUUAAUUGUUAGUUAAAUCCAUCGCAUCCUGCUCUAAAGAGAUCAGGAUCAGCUUUAAGCUUGAGCUAUGUUUUUUAAGCGUCAACCAAACAAAUGACUUACUUAGACAUUCAUACCUACGCUACGAAAAGCAUUUCCUUAAUGCUCGAACAUUUCCUUUUAUUUCUUCCCCCUCUGGAACGUGAAGCGGUUCCAUAAUGAGGGCGAAUGAGAAACUUCCUUUAAAUUCUCAAGCCCAGGCGUAGUAACGAGAAACCGUGAGGAAUUGUUUUCAAAGUGACAAAACACUGAUGCGGGAAAGAAACUAAAUCUUCCAUGAUAUCAGUGGCUGUUGGAGCUUUAGUAAUGAUGCAUGUCCCCGACACCGCUAUCAAACUCUUGACGUACUAUUCAUACACAAAGGCAAAGCAAUAACAGCCGAAGAGUCCAGAUGAUUUAGAUAUUUAAUUCACAGUAGAAAGGAGAUCACUCCAUCAUAACAAAGUUGAUUGCAGAGUUCCUGCGUGGAGAAAGUGAGUAAUUUCCCUCAGCCACACUUAUCAGGAUCCUCCAGUAAAAUGUCCCCGACUAUAAAGGAAUUAAAGGGCAUAAUAUUUUACGACCACUGGGCCACGUGCGUCUGUGAGCGUGCCUCUUCAAUCAGAAUUCAUUCAAAUUCCAGAGUGUGAUUGAAACAGUGAAAUUGCACCAUUAUCAUGUCUUUGUUGGAAUCAUUCCUCCAUUGACAAGAUGGUGUUGAUAAUUGUUUGCUGUAGAAUUCAUGCAGUUUCAGACCAUGUGCCGGCAGGAACAUCCUUUCAUCUCCUUCGGCCAAAGGCUGGAGCAUUUUCUGAUUUUUUCUUUUUUUACUGACGGCAGUUAGAGUAUAUAUAGUACAUAUACUGUAGGUACCCACGUGUGUAUGAUCGUGAUGUUGUUACAUCUUUGUCUGAAAGCCAUUGAGAGUUUCUGCUCACAGAUGAUGGAGAAAGGACACUGAGAAGGAAACGUACUGCUGCAGUAGAAAUCUAGGAACAUAACUGUGUUUUCGUGUACAAACCUCUGUAAAAAGUAGCUCUUGUUCCAUGUAACAGUAUUAGUUUACUCCAGUGUAGAAUGUUCACCCCAACGUUUCCCUAAACUGUAUGUACCUAAUCCCCGUCCUGAGAACCUGUCAGUCAAGAAGCAGGGAGUUAAAAUACACUGUUGACAAACUAGUUGGAUAAUUAGGAAUCAGGAAAAUAUAGCAAAGUACUAGUUAACGUUAGUAUACUCGUACAAUAUUAAACAGACAUGUAAGCCUAUGAACUUAAAGGAGCAAGUUGGCUGUUUUCAACACAUGCUGCUGUGUGAAUACACCAUGUACUUUCAGUGGAAACACGAAUACUGUACGAGACAGUUUGGUUCAACAUAGACUAAGUUAUUCAGUUACAUUGAAGUGCCGCUCUGCGUACUGUAGCCUCAGCAUAACUGCCUAGGUAAUGUUAAGUUUUCUUUUUUGUUGUUGUUGUUUUACACAAUAGCUUUGGCCAAUUAAAAGUCUCAAAUAUCCUUACAAGUGCUCUGCAACAUGAACCAGUUCCUUAUGAGACACCACUGCCUGUGUUUCAGUCAUUGUGUCAAUGUGAAGGAUAAAAAGAACAGGUUUCUGUCUCCCUGUGACAACAGUAGGUUUAUAUUGUUUUUUAACAAUUACUCAAAAGAUCUGAUCUUCAUGUUACACAGCUCUUGUAACAGUAUUUUCAACAAAACAAGGUGUAGAAAACAGGUUUUAAAGAUCAGCCCCUGCUUGUUUAUCAAUCAGUGAGAUAUUCUGUUCUAUGUUCGACCAAAUCUGUCCAUGUUUUUCGUCUCUACUGGAAGUACUGUCUAAUUCUAAAGAAUAGGGAUAUGUUUUAAACAGGAUUAGGUUGCCUUUUUAGUGCUUUGGAAAUACUUUAGAUAUUUACAGUCUGAUUUAUCUUUUAUUCAAAUGCCGUAUUUGAGAUUGCCCUGAUUUUACGGAUUCAGAAUGUUUGUUUACAGCAGGUUUUUAACUGUGUUCAUUUGGUUCAAUUGUUUUUUUUGUUUUUUUUUUUUUACUGUUUUUGUUUUCCGCAAGGGAGGAAAAAGUAAUAUCAGGUGCUAAGUACAAAAAUUUGACUUGAACAUCUAAUUAUGUGCCAACUUUCUGGGAGUUGACUGAAAAGAUGAAUGCGAUUCUUUUUGGUUUUGCUAAGCCAUUUGUUUUCUCUGUACGUUUGCACAAGUCAACAAAGACAAACCAGUGCUGUGGGGUUCACUAAACAGACCCAAGCACCUCCUUCUGCAUUUUGAGGUUUUAACAACUGUGACCUGGACCCUGGAGGUCUACCCUAGGACAUUGUAAAUUCAGAAUAGGAACAUAGGGUGCAGCUCCCUGUGACACAGAAAAGGUCAGUUUUCAUUGGCAUGCUUCACUGAAAACCUAAAAUAUUUGGACUACAAAGACAUCAAGACCUUUGUGACCAAAGUUGCUGUUGGUGUAUGAGAUUUUAGUUAGAAUUACUAAUACAGACAUUUGGUCAUGUUUGGUUACUAUGGAGCCAGUAACUAACUAAAAUCAGAACAUUUCUUCUUGAAUUCCGGGCUCAGUUUCAUCAUUUUCUGUGGAUGGUCAGGCGUCCAAAAAUAUCCUUUAAAAAAAACAAUAAUAAUAAUUAUGCUUUAGGAUAUUUUUCAUGUAUUCUGUUGAGGUUUUAUAAUGUCAGUGGGUUUUUGUUGUCUUCCACCAGUGCUUGGGUUACUAUUCAUUUGUUUACUCACUUGUUAACUUUGUGUUAUCUGGUCAGAGGUGAACAGUGUCUGAACCGACACAAGAAAAUAAGCAAAUAUGCAGAUUUGACAGACAAAAAUGUCUAACGAUACGUUUUCACACAAAUAACUGUACAUUUUGAUAUGACUGAACCUGUCCUCCACUGUGGUACUAGCCUUUUUUUACCUAGCCAACCUGUCUCCCAUUCAUUUGUGUGUUGUCGGAGAUUACUUAGAGGAGAAUAUGUGUACAGUGAACUGAACAUGUACUGUAGAUGCUGAAAAACAAAACUCUAAAUACUGCCUGUAGUUCCCCGGAGAUCCACAUGAAGUGUAAAUAUUAGUGUAAUCUACAGACGAGCUCAUGUCAGAGAAACGAACAGAACCGCAUUUUAAUAUGUUGCUUUUGUUUCUCUUAAGGAUUAUUUUGAAGGUACUUGUGUUUGGUCCGACCAAUGACCAACCGUGUCUGGUACUGGUGUAAAAUGAUGUAUAUUUGACAUAUUUAUAAUGCAGUAUGUAAAUAUAUAGUUUUUCUUCUUUUGUUUUUGUUUGUUUUUUGCUCCUAUUGUUACGACUUUACGUUCAGAACGUGAAAACAAAGCAAAAGCUAAAGAGUAACUCGUUGUAUGCUUGGAUGCUUGGCUGACUGUUGAUCUCUUAAUAAACACUCAAUGACGUAGCCUUCCCGCAAUUGGGGGAAAUCAAUGCA